GACGUAUGGAGCCCCCGGCCGGAGCGCCCGAGGUCGCGCCCUGCGCAGCGCGGCGCUGCCCGGUGUCGCGAAGCUGCCGGCCCGGAUUGGCACAGCCGCCGCUCCACAGCAGUGGGCGGGUUUGUUUUGGGUCCUCGGCUGGGGGGAGGGGCGGAGCCAGCGGCAGACCCGGAGCCGCAACGGGGAGAGCGGGCUGCAGCGAGGAGGUCAUGCACCGACACAGGUGAUAAUGCAUAAGGUUGCGCAAGCUGCCGUUUAUUAGGAAGAAGGAAGCAAAGACCUGCUGAAAUGAAUAAGCAAUGUCCUCGAUCAAGCAUUACCUCAUUCUUGGACAUUCUCCUGCUCGUGCAUUAGCUGCAUUCAAGAUGCCUGCCCUCACAGCAGCAGAAUACAAGCCGUGAAAUGCUGUAAAAUCCACCUCCAGUUACAGACGCAUAAAUUUACCCCUCCACCCCAUCCCUCAACCCCCUCCCUGCAUUGUGCUCAUGUCAGUUCAGCUUGAUGAACUUCUACUAGAUCAUGAAGAGGCCCAAGCAACAUCAGCAUCUCAGCUUCUUCAGCUUCUUCAGCCGGAAGCCCAAAUCCGACUCCAGACCAGACCGGCCUCCAGGCAGAGAAGAGAGAGAUUCCUCCAAGGGCCGGGAGGAGAUCGCCAUCACCCUGACACCAAGCGAGCAUGGAGACCUGGACCAGGGUGUUGUUGGAGAAGGAGGAGGGGGAGGCGGUGGCGGUCAUACAGGAGGGACCGGCCUCUCCUCAGCCUCUUCCAGUCACGAGCAGCUGCUGGACCACUUGGAGUGCCCCCUGUGCCUUCUCAGCCAACCACGAUGCCACUUUCCACGGCUCUCCUCCUGCCCCCACCGCGCCUGCUCUGACUGCCUGCGGCAGUACCUGCGCAUCGAGAUCACGGAGAGUCGCGUCUGCAUCGCCUGCCCGCAGUGCCCUGAGAUCCUGGCCGCCCCCGACGUCCGCACCAUUCUGGACGACCAGGCCCUGCUGGAACGGUUUGAGGAGUACCAGCUGCGGAGGUUCCUGGCGGCUGACCCGGACACCCGCUGGUGCCCAGCGCCCGACUGCAGUUACGCAGUGAUCGCCUACGGGUGUGCCGAGUGUCCCAAGCUAAGCUGCGGCCGGGAGGGCUGUGACACGGAGUUCUGCUACCACUGCAGGCAGCUGUGGCACCCCGACCAGACGUGCGACCAGGCCCGUCGGCAGAGGGCCCGCAACACCUCUGGGAACAACAGCGCUUCAACCCUGCUCAUCUUCAGCGAGGAACCGGGCAGCGAGGUUGAAGAGAUCAAAGCCUGCCCACGGUGUGGAGCGUACAUCAUGAAGACGAAUGAUGGAAGCUGUAACAGAAUGAACUGCACAGUGUGUGCCUGCCAGUUCUGCUGGCUUUGCAUGAAAGAGAUCACUGACGUGCACUACCUCAGUCCCUCUGGUUGCACUUUCUGGGGGAAGAAACCCUGGUCUCAAACAAGGAAGGUACUUUGGCAGGUGGGCAUGCUCCUGGGAGCUCCAGUGGUAAUUUCUCUCAUCGCCGGCAUUGCAAUCCCAGUAAUCAUAGUUGGGAUACCAAUCUACAUGGGACGGAAGGUCCACAGUCGAUGUAAGAAAAACAAUAUCUCAGGAAGUAAACAGUACCUGACUGUAGCCAGUGGGGUUGUCAUGUCAGUGUUUGUUUCUCCAGUUAUUGCAGCUGUGACUGUAGGUCUCCUAUGGAAUAAAGUGGGAUCAGAAUCGUUGAAGAUGGAUGAAGAUUUCAGUGGUUCUCUUACAGGAGUUGGAGUGCCACUCAUGAUGACGUAUGUAUACGGAGUCGUCCCCAUGUCUCUCUGUCGGAAUGGCUGGUGCUUGGGUCAGAAGGAUCAGCCGGAGCCAAGGAAAAUACACCUGGAAGAUUUAGCCAACUUCAGUGACCAUUGGUCUGGUCAGCCCAACCUAGCGGUCAGUGAGGCCAGUGUCCAUGAAGCGAGCAUGCUCCCCAGCACCAGCAGAAGUCACGCAGACAGGGAGAGUGGCAAAGAGCAAGACAACCAAUCAGCAAGCACCGUAGCCCUGGCAGGAAGUAUGUUCAGUGACACACAGGACCCUUCCUUAAGAGAGGGCACCAACAUCGAGGUGCAGGUGGAGAUCGAAGCCCACCCCAGAGAAGGGCACGAGCAGAGCCUCAGCAGCAUCCUGUCCAGUCAGAGCCUGUCAGUGGAGUCCCUGGGGUGUUCGCGAGAGCAGCUCUGUGGGACCGAGCUGAGCAGAAUGGCAGCGCCCGAAACAAACACUGUUUAAGACAUACGCUGCCGAUUACAGCUGCUUCCCCACAACCUGCCGAGACGCACAGCAGCCAGCUGCUUCCACACGAGCCAGCUGAUUCGAAAUGUGCUGGAUGGCUAUUGCAAACUGUCAGUUUGAUUCCACUGAGGAGCCACAGACGAAGGCUUUGCCCGGCUCAAAUUUCUCCCAGAUAAUGAGGAAGGCCUAGUACUUUCCAGAGUACUUCCAAACUACUGUAUUAAAUCAUUGCUUUCAGAUUAACGGUUUGUGAAACUCACAGUUUUAAUUUCACAUAACCUUGAAAAGCCUUUUGACUACCAGUUAAUGAGUACUGGCUUUUGCCCGUUUUUAUUUAACUGUAUUUAUUAUUUAAUAGCUCUUUCAAAGUUCUGUGGAUUUAUCUCCAAUAAGGUUUUCCAAAAACAAUAUUCCGAUCUUUGCAUAAAAAAAGUUUACUGCAUGAGUUCUUUUCAUGCAAAGAAGCAUUUCUUGGUUUCCAUAUAACAGUAUAUGCUGUACACUGAUCAAAUGUUCCCAGGGCUAGACGUGUAUACUGUAACAGUACUAAAAACUCCAUAAAGCCACACACAGAUUUGCUUGAAUUUCCAACCUCCAAAUUUGGAGCUAAUGUCCAGGAAUCAUGGACCAGAGUAUCCAUAGCUUCACAUUGAAGAUCAUCACUCUACAAAAUUAAAUGAAAUUUAAAAUUAACUAUAAUUCUUUUAGCAUGUUUGUGGUUUUUCCUGGUUUCUUGAUGAUUUUAUGAUAUGGGUGCCAUAUCAUACAUACCACGAGACAUUUACUUUGGUGUUCUGAAAUAGUUUUUCAAAAUGUUAGAAUAAGGUAGGCAUGGAUAUUUGCAAGGCUGUAGUUUGAGUAAAUCUCUGCCUUUUCUGGUAUGAAAAUUACAACACUAUAAGUUAGCCAUAAACCCCUUAUCACCCUUUUGCUUUUGUUCAAAGCAAAUUUGUGAAGUCUUUGGUUACUUCAUAUUGUCCCUAGUUACCUUUCACAAAGAAUUGCUAAUUUAUUUGGCUUAUACUUUUAUCCAAAGCAACAUACAUUUGCACACAUUUAUACAUCUGGGUAUUUUACUAGAACAAUUUGUUAGAAAUACUUCGCUCAAAGAUGCAACAGACUGCAUCUCACCUGGGAUUUGAAACUACAACCAUCCAGUGACAUGUCUGGAUCCCGAACCAUUGCUCCACACUGCUGUUAAGAGAAAUGAGAUCAUGUUAAACCAGACUGAAAAUCGCUGUGUUCCCCAGAGAGCACAGUUCAAAGAAUUUGUGGUAUAGUAUUAUUUUCACAAACAUUUUUAUAGAAGGGGGGCAAUGGGUCCCUGGGUUCAAUUCCGGAACUGGAGUGUUAUCGGUGUGAAGUUUGUGUGUCCUCCCCCUGUUUGUGAGGGUAUCCUCUGGGUCCUCUCAUUUUCUCCCAGUGUACUGGUAGGUUAAUUGGUUUCUGGGAAAACUGGCUGUAACUGUGUGUGAGUGUCUGUGUGUGAUGGACUGGCGACUAGUCCAGGGUAUACCCUGCAUUACGCCCAUUGCUGGCCAGGACAGGCUGUGGCUCCCCCAUGACCCUGAACUGAAUAAAGUGGUUAAAAAAAUAGAUGGAUGAUGUAAAAGAAAAAAAUCUAUACUUAAGUCUUACAAAUCUGAAUAAAAUUACGAAGUGGUAAUGUCAAGAUAUCCCGUUUAUGAAGGUUUAACUGGGAAUGUGAUUUUUUUUAAAAACAUGCAUGGGAUUUUUCUUUACCUUUUCAUUUUUGGUAUAUUGUAAAUAGCAGCCAGCGAAUCGAGUUUUGUUUAGUUUAUUCCUAAUUUGUAAACCAUCUGAAAAUAGAUAUUCUGAAGAUUCCAGAUAUCCCCCCAAAAUAUUGAAAUGACUUGAUUUCAGUUCUUUAUAAACUCCUCGUACUAGUAUAAAAAUAUUGUGAUUGUCCCUGCAAUGAAAACAAAGGUUAUCCAUUCUAUACCAUAUUUUGCUUAAAAAUAUGCUAGCUGUUCAAACAAAUGUAUGUGAUUAGAGAGAGUGCGACAUUAUAAUGGGCCAGGAACUGCAAGUCAGAGAAGUGCUGGUUUUGCUGUGUUCAUAAUGCAAUUAAAAUCUGCAGUAAACA